GAAUCCUACUGAAAACAAAACCCACAUAAAACAAAGAUAAUGGUUACUGUGUUAGAAUUCAAACAAAUAUCCAGAACACAAAAGACGGAUUCGGGCGGUAGCAUUUAUAAGAAGACUCCUUAUGGAAAUAUUCCUAAUGGCGUCACCGAGUUAGGAAAUUUUUAAAUUUCUCAUAAAUCUCCCACUGAUUGAAGUAAAUUAUGCCAGUCCACGAUAUAGAUGUCACUUUUGUGACCCGAACUGACCCUAAUGGGGUCCCUGCUGCCGUACGAUAAAUAGAAUAUGAAGUGUCACAAAUGAUUGAUGUUACGGUCCCAGCAAUAUAUAGAGUAAUAUUUAAUAUUUAUGCUAUAUUUCUGCGUGCGUACAGUAUAUAUGAACAUUUGCUUUUUUUAAUGGAAUAUAUUUACAUUUAUUUUAUUUGUAUUUAUUUGUUGCUCAGUCUCCUUAAAAAUCCCCUAAAAUAACCCGAAUAAAAAUAAGACUGGUACGGAGCUCUUUAAUAAAAACGUAUCAAUUUUAUAGGGCAUAAAAACUUAGUAACCUUCAGACCACAAAAACAAUAAUAUAAUUAGCCUCCUUUGAAUGCGUGUCUAUAACAGAAAAAUCUUCGUUUUAUCAAUAUGCAAUCACCAAAGACUUGAUAAAUGACUGACCACCACUUGCUACCCACAAAGGAACCCAUUUUUGUGAACUGACGACCAUCUAUUAUUUACCACAAAUUAAUGCCACCGCUGCCGACCGUGCUUUACCCUUAAGGGCAAUGCAGACAAUUUACGACUUGAUUAUUACGUCGUUAUUAACUUGCAAAAGCUAUAAGAGAUGAAUUUUGGCGGGAGUGGGCCGCUUGCUACACAUGACGUGCAAUAAGGUAAGUCAAUAGGCAAACUCUUGUAUCCAGUUUUAGUAAAACGUUCGAAGUCCUGUAGAUGUACACCUUAACGGGAAUCUCUUUUGUUUUUAGGACUGUAUCGAAAUAAAAACAGACAUUUCAAUGAUUUUUUUCGCGUGUACUAGAAGCGUUACUUCUGACGAUCAUGUUUGUUUAAUAUAAUCAUCAUCCACCACGAUUACAGCCUUAAACUUAAUUUUAGGACUUAAACUUAAUUUUAAAUAUUUUUUUUAUCUUUUUUUCUUAAAAUUAGACCAUGCAUAAUCACCAUAUUAGGUAACUGUGCGUCAAGCAAUAUUGGUAAACGUAAACUUAGGUAAAGUGUCGCUCAAAUAAGCUACAUAUGAAAAGUUCUAAUAGAAUUAAGUUUCGGGCUAAUAGGAGGUCCCAUAUAUGCAAGGAAUCAAAGCGAGCACAAAAAUUGGGUGAGUUAAUAAGUUGGUAUGUCAAACUGUUAGAGCUUAUUUGGACGGCUCAACUAGACAUUGAUAUUUUCUCUUCUAAAAUGGCCGUAAAGUUUUAUAACCAAAACGCUUUUUGAGACGAUUUGAUUAAAGUUCGAGCCUUUAAAUUUAAAAUUUAUUGAAGAUCUUAGGAUAUGCCUUCCUCUGGCUUUUGGUAGCGAUAUGGAAACUUGCAUUAACGUAGCUUGUCUAUUUCAGACCAAAAAAAAAGAUUCUUUAGAUCUCCGAGGUUUUUCUAGCCCGGAAAAUUGGAUCAUAGCUGAUUUUCGCUAAAAAUUUGGGAUACAACGGAAUAAUGUCCGCUACGACGAGUUUCUUGUCUGGUUGCGGAAGCAGCUAUACUUUUGCCUGGUAUCCGGAGUAGUAGACGCGCGAAUUCCCUUUACGACAAGUAGUCCGCCAAGAUGAGUGGCGACAAAAAGGAUGACAGCAAGAAAUCGUUGGAUGAGCUAUGGACGGAAGUCCGAAAGAACUCAUCUGAUUUUACGGCUUGGACGGCUCUCCUGGCCCACGUCGAACAGAAUGUUCUUCUUGUUGGAAUUGAUUCUGUUCGCGAAGCAUUCACAGCGUUCUUUGCCCGUUAUCCAUAUUGUUAUGGCUACUGGAAGAAGUUAGCUGAUCUCGAAAAAAAGAAUGUUCAGGACGGAGAAGAAAUUGCUCUUGAGCGCUGCAGGGAAACCUUCGAUAAAGGUUUAGAGGCCAUUCCACUUUCCGUAGAUCUUUGGCUUCAGUACGUAAGUUUCAUGAAACAACGGGCGAAAGAACGUGGUGCUGAAGGUGACGUUGAACUGCGUGCUCUCUAUGAACGUGCGGCCGAUACGUGCGGGUUGGAGUUUCGGUCUGACCGUUUGUGGGAUUCGUGGAUUGCAUGGGAAACGGAACAAAAGCAGCUGGUUAAUGUGACUGCGAUUUACGACCGACUCAUUCGCACACCUACGCAGCUCUACCAGCACCAUCAUGACAAGCUCCAAGGCUUGUUAGAGAAGUAUCCUCCGCAUGAGACACUUUCCGAGGUAGAGGUAGAAGAGCUCCGUGCAGUCUACGACCAAAAAAAGGGCGAAGGAGCUAUCGUUGAGGAGGAGGCUUCAUUCAUCAAAAAAGAGGCAAUGCAACGGCGUAAGGAGAUUUUCAAAAAAACGGAAGAAGCCGUACGAACACGCUGGACUUUCGAGGAAGGGAUUAAACGCCCCUACUUCCACGUCAAACCGCUGGAAAAAUCUCAAAUAAAGAACUGGAAGGAUUACCUCGACCUUGAGAUUGAAAUGGGCGAUCCCCAAAGGAUCCGACUGUUAUUCGAGAGAUGCCUUAUUGCUUGCGCGCUCUACGAAGACAUGUGGAUGAAGUAUAUCAGUUGGGCACAAAGCGUUGGCGACAGUGCGGAGUCGGUGCUGGCGCUGUUCAGGCGUGCCUGCGAAACGCAUUUACCAAAAAAGGCCACUGUCAAUCUUGCAUGGCUAGCUUUCGUCGAAAAAAGUGAGCGUGAAGGCUCAUUGCCGGCAGGAUCCACCGAAGCGUUAUUAGGGCCAAUGGAAGAGAGACUUUGUGGGGGCUCACCGGGUGUCACUGGAUGCGUUGUGUUUGCAAUGCGCCGUUUACAUAUACUUCGAAGGCUGGGACGACUUGAUGAAGUUGACGCACUUUUCACAAGUUUGGCCGAAGCAUCGAAAUCAGCAGGGCCGAAGAUGGUGAACCAUUUCGUCGUAAAACAUGCUCGUUUCCUGGUGGGAGAACGAGGAGAUACAGCCGGCGCCUUGACCUUACUUCGUGAAGCAAUUAAAAGAGAACCAGACAAUGUGCGAACCUACCUCACAAUGAUCGAAUUGGCGAUGCAGAGCGGAGAUCAAGCUUUAGCUGAGGAAGCGUUCGAUAGUGCCCUGAAAGCGCCAGAGGUACCCCAAGCCCGUAAGCUUGAAAUGCUACAGCGAAAGUUCGAAUUUUUCGAGGAAAUGACUUUUGAGGUAGCGAAAGCACAGGCCGCCCUUGAGGAAUACACCAAGAUGCUUAAGGUUGUAGAGAAGGAUCGUGAGAAAAAACGUCCAGGCGAAGAAAAUAGUGGAGCAACUUCUUCCGUUGGGACUUCCGAUUCGAAGCGACAACGCUCAGAUGGUUAUCAAAGCUCUAAUAAUAACUCAAGCGCAGGAUAUUAUGGAAACAACAGCGCCCGAAGCAACGGAAGCGGUUAUGGACUUAUGCAGCAAGCUCAACAACAUGCAGCAUGGGGCGGACAACAGGGAUAUGGCCAAGCAUACGGAGGCGGUCAAGCGGCGUGGAAUGGUCAACAGCAGCAACAGCAGGCACAACAAAGCGCCUACGGUUAUAACUAUUAAAACAAACUAUAGGUAUCGAAUUGUUCAAUAACGGUUAGGGUUACAAUUCAAACGCAGCAUCGAAACAGUCGGAUGAACGAUGAUUGUGAAUAACUGAUGACGGUCAAAGAAAAGAUGAUCGACAGUAUCUAUGUGUACAAACAGUUACCCUAUAACACACUCAAGCGCAUUGUACACCGUAUCGGGGGAAAUCUUUACGAAGAUAACAUGAAGCCAUCGGCGUAACGUAUUAAGUAUGAGUAGUUGAUGAUUGUAUAAGAUGAACGAUUUGGACAUGUGUGAGGAGACACAGAGCUUGUUUCCAAAUACUUAGAGGAUAAAUUAUGCAAAAGAUUACACGUCCUACAUAUGAUUCACCAGCUAAAACAAAGUGCGUCAAAGUGAGGUGUGUUGCCUGUUAUUCGAAAAAUGAAGCUAAUUUUACUACUACAAGAAAUUAAAGGGAAACAAUUUAUUAUUAGACGGAUAAGUGACAAAGAUACGCCGCAUACGUCCUUCUUUUUCACAAGACAAGCGAUUAGUAACUGGUCUUUGUAUUUAGUGAAAAACUUUAGAUAGUUACUCAAGAUAACUGAAAAUGUUUGCUGACGUUAGUAAACAGCCUACAACAUAUAAUUUGUAUAAUUCAUCCCAUUUAAAUUUAAUUUUGUGUAAAGCAACAAUGUCACCUAUAAGGAUCAACGACACACUUGAAAAUGCUUGCUUUAGGCUUGUUGACUACUCAUCGGUCAGUACAGAUCUACACAGAAAAUUGUUCCGCUUGUUCAUCGAAGUAGGUCGUGCGUAACACAUAGGUGCUGCCGUCUGGAAUUUCAGGUGCGGUGAUUUAUAACAAAUUAUUUUUCUUAAUGAUGUGAACUGCAGAAAAGAAGCGUCACAAAAAACGAAUAGCAAUUCGAUCGGGGAAAAACCUCACGAUUUCACUCCAACACUAAACAUCCGCACAUCAUUCAGCUUUUAUUAAAUAUACAGCGAAGAAGAUAAUAUAG